AUGGGAUCGAUAGUAGUGAGCGACUUCGGUGGGAACCACUUUCACAAACCCGUGUUCGGUGGUGGCAGUGGACACCAGCAGGCGCAAGAACCUCCUUCUUCGCAUUCGGGACGGCCCUCGUCGUCAGUGGACGCGCCGCCUCGAGCCGUGGCUGACGUUCCAAUGGCCGAUGCGGGAGCCCCACCAUCCAGCUCAACACCAGCUCAGCGAGCGCAGCAGCACAACCCCCCGGAACCCAGCCCACACACAUCCACCCAGCAGCAGCAGCCGGCACCUCCUUCUAGCCCCCGCUUUCGCCCACAUUCGCAGCAGCCCACGCCCUCUGCCGCACAGCCUCGAACCGUGCCCUCAUCUGGACCAUCAUCUGUCCAGGGCUCACCAGCACAACUGCAGCGCUCACCUGCCGAGUCGAACGCAGCGUCGCCUCGAAAGAUCAAGGUCACCAGCCUGGCCCACAUCCAAAGUUUUGCCGUCGAUGAGUCGAGUCCCUUUUCCCAGACGCGCUCGUUGUCGCGGCGUCAACGACGAGACCCUGCAGACGUCGGACCACAAUAUGAGAUCAGCGAGAUGCCUGUCUCGGAUAUCAUCGAGAUGGUCGCUGGGUUGCUGACCAAAAUCACUACCACGAACGAUCGACAGCAUGAUCAUCUGCAUCGCCAAAUACCGCCCGUAGACGGAGCAUCCGGACUCAGCCAGCAGACAACCAGUGUACUAGCCUUUCACGGCAAAAAUGUGCCCAGUAUAUCGAUACUGAGUUAUCUCAGCCGCAUACACAAGUAUUGUCCUACCACCUACGAGGUCUUCCUCAGUCUUCUUGUGUACUUCGACAGAAUGACAGAGAGAGUGAACGCGGGACCUAUGCUCAACCUCCGCCAGGCCAACCAGCAAUCGUUAGAACGCUCAGGAGCUGUUGCUUCGGCGACCACGACUGCUGCGGCGGCUUCGCAGACCCCAUCAGUUGCAGCUCAAAGCGUAACACCACCCCCAUCUGGAUCUCUCGGCAGGCCACAAGAGCCUGCAGCACACGCUGCUCAGCCUCCGUCCCCGCCCCAGCAAGACCUGGACUCUGAUGCAUACAACCUUUCCCAUUUCUUUGUAGUGGAUAGCUUCAACAUUCACCGACUUGUGAUCGCUGGUGUUACUUGCGCCAGCAAAUUCUUCUCCGAUGUGUUCUACACCAACUCUAGAUACGCGAAGGUUGGUGGUCUACCAUUGGUUGAGCUGAACCAUUUAGAGCUGCAGUUCCUGUUGCUGAACGAUUUCCGUUUGGCUGUGCCUCUCGAAGAGAUGGAGGCUUACGGGACUAUGCUGGUUGAGUUUUAUGCGCGAGAGGUGGCCGAACAGCACGAGCGACAGAACGGAGGAAGACAGUAA